AUGCGUGAUGGUAGGGGUGCGGAGGGAGUUCUAUUGAGAAUAUCAAAGUGCCGAUUCGACAACGAUUGGGAUCGGCCUGGACGAGCAUUGGGAACCAUUCUGGCUUCGGUUAUCCCCGUUGGCGUUUCUCCAGAAGUUCGCAAGUCUGUUAUCAGCAAAUCAUAUCAACUCGCGAACUCAUCUUAUUUGUCACCUAAAAUAGUUACCCAAAGGAGUGGUGAGCUCAUCGGUGUUGCAUGUGCUUUGUUAUCGUUUCGUUUGCAUGGGGUUACCCCUAUUCAUCAGAUGGACGUUGUGGGAGGAAAGUUCCUCUACGUGCGGUCGGCUGAUGACUGGUAUUCCGUCAUCGCCGACCUCCCCACGGGCGGAAAGCUCCUCCUCGGCCCCGCACCUGUGUUCGCGGUAAGUUAA